AGCGUUUAUUUGCGAAAAAUGACGUUGCUGUUGUCGCGCACGGACGUCCUCGCCGUCUGUUGCGUCAACGACGCCGUGCUCGUAGGUAUGGGCCCCAUGCUCUACUUAUAUAGGCAUGGCCAAAUGAAGGAUAACGUCAACUGUCUGUAUCCGAAUAAUAUACACGGCAUUGUAGCGGACGAAUAUUCUGAAAGGCAUGUCGAUAGUAAAUUGGCUGUGUUUGGCGCCAAGUCUCUGUGCAUCUGCGCAAUUGGCGAAUGCUGGUGCGACCGGUGUGGCUUUAGCAACAAUAAGAGUCUUCUUCGCAAGCUAGGUACCGAUCAGUUCAAUGACUGGAUAAUUGCUGCAAAGUGGAUACCGUUUAAGAAACAAACUCAAUUGGCGAUUUUAUUUGCCCACAAUUAUGUGUCCAUAUAUGAUGUACUUGAAAAAACUUCUCGAGUUAUACGUUGCGAAGAGAAAUGCAUUCUCUAUGGCGGUUCUAUAUCGGGAACCUGUCAAGAGGACUUGGUCAUUUUCAGUGGAACGGCAUUUCAAGAAAUUUUAAUAUGGAAAAUAGAUAAAGGAUAUUGUGACAAUAAUACAAGUAUGCCAGUUUUGCAUCGUUUAACAGGGCACAAGGGUGUCGUUUUCUCUGUUGUUUGCGAUCUGCGCUCGCGAUUUAUUUGCUCCACGUCGGACGAUAGAAGUGUCAGACUCUGGGAGGUGACAGAUGAGGAAAAUACCGAGAGCAAUAACAUAAACUGGCAGACAGUAAAAAUAGUGCCGACAAAAGCACUGUUCCUGCAUACAGCUAGAGUUUGGAAAGCUUUAAUUAGAAACGACGUUGUUUUGACGAUAGGAGAAGAUUCGCUUGUGUGCACGUGGUCGCUCUCAGGGCACUUAAUUCACAAAGCCUGCUAUAAAGCAUCCCUAUGGAGCAUUGACGUAUCUGAAGACAAUACGGAGAUAUAUGUGGGCGGAAGUGAUGGAUCCGUGUGUGUGCAAUCGUUUAUAAACUGCGAAAGCCCAGAGACAAUUUUGCCGUCUGGCAACAAUACGCGCAACUGUUCUAAGUACAUUUCCUAUCUGCACGAUGGUGCAAUGUUAGUUUUUACCGAAUUGGGAAAUCUACUGUAUUACGACAAAGAAAUGGUGUUUGUAAGUGCUGUAUACUUAACGAAGAAUGGCUAUUACUUUAUGCAAGUCUCUCCAAAUCGCAACAUGGUUGCCCUUGCGUCUAGAGAAGGCUACGUAACAGUAUACGAACAUAACUUUAGGACUUUACGACAGUGUAAGGAAGACAAAAUAAUGAAUUCGCAAAUCCUUUCUUUACAUUGGUUGAGCGACAAUGAAUUGAUAGCAUGUGGAGCAAAUGGUCUUCUGAAAUUAUUCUGGCUGACAGAGAAUAAUGACAUUAAAGUGAUCACAGAAUGUAUAUUGCCAUCCAGUCGCGAACGCUGGUUGACUGCAGCUAUAGUCUACGCUCCCAUGUCGAUAUUAAUAUGUGGUGACAGAGUUGGAAAUAUUUAUAUAUACAAGCUGGACAGUAAUCGUUUUGAUUCCAAUGUAACAAUUGGAAUUAAGAAGCCUGUUCAAACACUUUAUAGAGUCCAUGGUAAAAUGGGAGUCCAAUCGUUCCAUGUAUCUCAGAAAAAUUUAAUAACGUGUGGGCGCGACGGGAUGUUGAGAUUUUAUCAAAUGCGCGCAGAGGACGCAAAGCCUUUGUUGCUGCAAUAUAAAAAGAAGAUGCCAAUAAACUGGAUCAGUGGCAUGUUAAAUGGAAACGAAUUAACAAACAAGUCGGAAGACGACGACAUUCUUUUUAUAUUUGGCUUUAAAGAGAUGGAAUUUAUAAUAUAUAAUAUGUUGAAUGAGAACAUAGUCGUACAAAUUCCUUGCGGUGGUGGUCACAGAUCGUGGGACUAUAUAAUAUCGCUUACAAAAGCAAGCUUUGCGUAUGUGAAAGAUAAAGAGAUUCAUGUAUGCGAUUUAUCUUCUUUUCUCUUUCCUGCAAAAAUUUAUCACAGGAGUUUGCAGAAUGGCUUUCACCCAAAGGAAAUAUGUUGCUUGCAUUAUAUUCCACGGCGUUUACACAGUGCUGAAGAUAAGGACAGAGAUAUCCUUGUAACUGGUGGCGAGGACGGCGCUCUUCGUAUCAGCGAAAUUUCGGGAGUCGGGAGUCGAAACUUCGCUCGGCGCACUUUUAAAACUUUAGGAAUCUUCAAUGGCCAUAUUUCAGGCAUAAAAUGCAUAAGUGGCUUUCCCAUGUAUUCAAGGCAUUGCUCUUUUAACUAUCUAAUCUUUUCUGGCGGAGGGAGAGCACAAUUGAAGGUUUGGGGGAUAACUUUCCGAGACAACGGUGUAUUUUGCUCUGACCUGAAUUCUCAUAUGCUCUAUGAACAAAAAUGUUGUAAAAAACCAUGGCAAGAAACCGUGCAAUCUUUUAUCGCAGAACCAGAAACACGUUACAUGGAUAUUUUUGCUUACCAGUUUAUUCAUGUGUCAAGAUACGUGUUACUCUUUAUCGCCUGUGCAGAUGGAUAUUUAAGACUGUUUGUGUAUGAUACCAUAACUAACAACUUAUAUUUGAAAGUAUCCACCAAAUACGUAGAUCGUUGCAUUUUGAAGAUAAGUGUAUUAUCACAGAAAUCCAAAAUUGUGUUAACUAUGAGCACCGACGGGCAGUUGCGUUUUUUCGAUUUUGCCAAAAUUAUCGAGAAAAUAUACAAGGAUGCAUAUUUUGGAAACGAGAGAAUCCUAGACUUCAGCGAUAUCCCUGUCGCAGUGUUUAGCCUGCAUCAGUCGGGAAUCAAUUGCUUUGAUUUAAUUGAGAACGGAGAUUUAGACGAGGACGAGUACCUCUUGGCCACUGGUGGUGACGAUAAUCUUCUAAGUGUCAUCUGUUUUAAGAUUUGCACUUCGGAAGAUAAUCAAUUGUCAGCUGAAAUAUUAUCCAAAUGGAGCACAGCGUCCGCACAUUCCGCAAAAAUCGUCGGUGUGGAGUUUUGUGAGAAUUAUACAAUAUAUAGCGUGGGGGCUGAUCAAAAAGUGAUUGUCUACGAUUAUGCAUAUGAGGAUAACGUUAUAAGUUGUCAUCAACGCGGUCAGGCAUUUACAUCUGUUGCGGACGUGCAAGGCAUGAGCUUGUAUGACUUGAGACCCUUUAGAAUGCCUGACUGCGUGGGCAUCGCGUUUUACGUUUGUAUAAUAUAUGGACGAGGAUUUGAAAUACUGUGCGUUUAAGAGCAAGGAUCACUAUUCGUUCAAGUUAACGAAAACUAUGUUCUACGGAAUCAAUUAUAUAAAUAUAUGUAAUAUUAUAUAAAUAUAAACUCAAUCAUUUUGCAUUUAAGUAUGUGGCAGCAAGAAUGACCGAUUAUUCUCCAUAUCCCUAAUUAGGGAUCGAAUUUUUAAUAAACACCAGACUUCUACAACAAUCUCCAAUUACAAAUACGUAAGUAAAAUACAAAUGCGCGUUGUCUCUAAAUCCCAGUCUACGAUAGAUGAUUUAAGUCCUAAGCCCUAAGAAACUGACCAAUCACGGUCGAGUAUUCUCCUCAUCUUUUAUUGUGAUUGGUCAAUUUCUUGGAGCUUAGGGUUUAAAUCGCCUAUUGUAGACUGGGACCUAAAACUGCUAGUUGAUUGGUUACACAUUUCUCGGAACUAGAACUUGGACCAAGUUCUAGCAUCGUAGACACAGGCCUCGAGAACUGUGUCAAAGUUCUAGUUCCGACAAAUGUGUGGGCAAUCAGCGUGCAGCUUUUCCGCAAAGGCUUGUGUCCACGAUGCCUAGGUUCAAGUUCUAGUUCCGAGAAAUGUGCAGCCAAUCAACUAGCAGCUAUUCCAUAAAAGCUGCACAUUGGCUGGCCACAUGUUUCCCGGAACUUAGUCCAAAUUCUAAUCCCGAGAAGUGUGUAGCGAAUCGACUCGCAGCU